ACAGACCACCACUCCCGUCCAGCUCCUCUCCCAGACAUCAAGUAACAACAAGACAAGAUGGUCGGCCUGAUGAAGUUCUUCGCCUCCGCGGCUCUUCUUGCCCAGGGUGCUCUGGCAUCUCCGACGCUUGCGGCCAGAGGCGAGGGAAUCCACCUCUUCAACUGCCGUCCCUUUGGCGGCGCCGGUGUCCCGCAGACCUGGAUUUCCAUUGUGGUGUACUGCGCCAACGACUCGGACUGCAGCAGCCUAGGCUACAGCCCCUCGUCCGACAACGUCUGCGUCAAGGGAACCUCGUCGUCGUCCGAGACCUACCACGUCUGGGAGGGCGGCAGCCAGUCGUGCACUUUCCCCACUGGCGUGACCUUCACCUGGAACAUCCCGUCCAGCGCCCAGUCCCAGCCCAACUACUCUUCCGUCGGUUCCGGCUCCAACGGCUAUAGGAGCUUCGCUGGCUUCAAGGACGACCAUGAAAGCGGGCCCAGCUAUAACUACCACAGUUGUGAGAAGAUCUACUACUACAUCUAAGGUCACACGUGUGGGGAUGAAGGAUUAUUGUGAUGUUUGGUAAGUUGUCUCAGUGGGAUGGUCGUUCGUUAUUUACUCCAAGGUAGAAUAUAUCUACAAAUUCAGAAUCUUUCC